UACUCAUAACGGGAUGGAAGCGCCGAAUCGACUGCGCUGCAUCUUGCUUUUUUUAAUACCGCUAUGGUGGAUUCAAGAGUCAUCGGGGACCUACAUUUCGCCUGGUAGUCACACCAGAAUAUCCUCCCCGGGCUUUCCGGGAUACUGGGACUACGCCAGCGCAAGCUGGACUGUCUCCACGACCAGCAACUGGCGGAUACGAAUCAGCUUCUCCGAGUUUCAAACCGAGUCGAGCUACGAUCCCCUCCGGAUAGUUGACUCUGCCAGCGGCCAAGACUGGAGCUUCAGUGGGUCCUCGCUUCCGGGCGACGUGAUAUCCACUGGCAGCUCCAUGCAUCUGACGUUUACGUCUGAUGGUAGCGUGACAGCUAGGGGCUUCAUCUUGUAUGCUUACAGCAUUCCAAUGCCUACUGCACCGACGACCUCGUCUCUCUCCCUUCGCGAUGCAAGUGGAACUCGACUACACGGCACUGAGAGUUUGCUCGAGGGGGUGCCGUUCACCUUCACAUGUGACGUCCAGGACACCAGCCCCGCUGUAACCAUCCGCUGGUACCUCGACGGCGCCCUGCAGGACACUGCGGCUGCGCCCAGCGGAGGAGAGUACAGCCUGGUGGACACCAGCGACAGCUGGACUCUCACUCCUGGUCGUGACGACCACGACCGAGAGGUGAAGUGCGAAGCGAGCAAUACAGAGUCUCAGCAGCCUUACCCAUUUGUGAGGGUCACGCUCAAUGUCAUUG